GCGUUUUUCUUCAUGUUUCUCUAGUACAGCUGACACCGUAAGUUAUCCCGCAAAUGCAACACCGUAUUGAAACUUGACCUGCGCACACUCGGCGAUGGUAUUAAUAACAGUGACAAAGCACGAGGUAACAAGUGUGAGAUGACAAUAUUUGGUUUGUCAAAGAUUAUCUGUAACUAGGUCGUCACACGUAUAGACGAAAGAGGAGGAACAAGGAUGUCGGAAUCUACUCCUUUGAUAGCGCCAAAAAGAGGCAAAGAAGAUGACGUACCGUGUCUGUGUUCUCAACGAUGGUUGCUGGCCUACGUUGGCUGGUUCGGGUGCAUCAUGCUAUACGCCGCCCGUACAAACCUCAGCGUCGCCAUCGUGUGCAUGGUCAACAACACCGACACUAAUUCCACAUCGUCAAUGUCGGAGCAUGCCGAGUUCUACUGGUCCAAGGGAGGGCAGUCUGGAAUCCUCAGCUCGUAUUUCUACGGCUACAUGGUGACACAGAUUCCCGCGGGAAUACUGGCAAAUAGAUAUGGUGGGAAGUACGUCAUGUUUAUCGGGAUGCUGAUUGGCUCGAUCGCCUCACUGCUUCUACCAAUCGGCGCCCGGACUUCCAUCUACCUGGUGUAUGUGCUGCGCGUGAUUUUGGGCGCGUCCGAGGGAGUCCUGUUUCCAUCUCUACAAUCCAUGUGGGGAAGAUGGGCGCCGCCAUUAGAGAGGACUAAACUCACUGCUGUCUGUUAUUCAGGAACUCAGUUUGGUAACAUAGCAACGUUCGCUAUAUCGGGGUUCUUGUGCAUAUAUGGCUUCGAUAAUGGAUGGGGAUCCAUCUUCUAUGUUACAGGUGGAAUAUCGUUGUUAUGGUGCGGGCUGUGGUAUAUAACGGUCGCCAGCACACCGGCUCAACACCCUCGUAUCACGAAGAGAGAGAGGAACUAUAUCAUCACCAGUAUAGGGGAAAAACAACAGACGUUCUCGACCCCAUGGGCCGCCCUGCUGAAGUCACCGGCGCUGUGGGCGUGUCUAACUGCACAAAUGUGUUCUAACUGGAUAAUAUACACACUACUGACAAACUUACCAACAUUCCUUAAAGAAGUGAUGGAUUUCGACAUAGCCGAGAACGGCUUGCUGUCGUCCAUUCCCUACGUGAGCCAGGCCGUGUCCGGAAUGUUGUCUGGUCAAGUGGCCGACUACAUCCGGUCAAGGAAAUACCUCAGCACGACGGCCACCCGGAGGAUCUUCCAGUCUAUAUCGUUCCUAGGGGCAGGUGCAUGUCUGAUUGGGACGGGGUUUGUGGGCGUGGAGCACCGCUAUAUCACAAUAGUUUUGUUGACGAUAGCCAUGUGGUUUGUUGGGAUGGCGUCUGCAGGCUACCUUGUCAACACUAUCGACUUCGCACCAAGAUACGCUGGUAUACUCUUCGGUAUAAUUAACGCUGCUGCGACGGUCCCGGGGAUGGUGGCGCCCCUCGUGGUCGGUGCCCUCACCCCAAACAAAACCCAGGAAGAAUGGCGGAACGUGUUCUAUGUGUGUGCGGGAUUCUGUGUCCUGGGAACUUUGGUGUUCGGCACCCAGGCCCGGGGGGAGCUGCAGCCCUGGGCCGUGGACCAGGUGGAGGUGGACGUGGGGGAGGGGAAUGAGGCGGGCGACGUGUCAGUCAGGGCUCUGGAUACCAAGGACACUUUUGACAAGAAGGCAAUUUCAGAAACGUCAAAUCAACUGUAACAGUUUUCAGCCUAAUAGAAUACAACAUACAUCGGUUACAGUACACCUCCGUUAUAACGUCACCAUAUGUAAUGGACAGUACUCCGUAUCAAGGACCCGUGAAUACACAAAAUAUAUCCAGCCCAAUCGUACAGGCAAUGGUGCCGUACGGAGCAACUUCCAUCUAAUAAAUUCCAAAUUUGAAAACUGUGAAUGGAAAAAGCGGCCAAAUAUCUGAAGGAAAAGACACACACACACACACACACACGAAGCACUUUCGCUC